AUGAACAGCACGGGCAGUGGCAUCUACACGGAGGAUCAGAUGCGAAAAUGGGACGCCAUAGUUCGCUAUGGAUGGCCGACCGUCAUAAGCAGCAGCACCUGGGCCAUUGCUGUCGCUCUCAUCACCCUCCUUUACCAAGCCGUUGCAGUUCGGCUUUUUAGACCCUACUCGAUGAGCCUGUUUUGGCUUCUCCCUGAGCAUCAUCGUGCAUGGGACGUCGAUCAGGUCAGAGUCGCGAUGGCAAACACUAUGAACCCCCAGGCGGCGCUGGUCAGCACGCCUGCAUACCGAUGUCUGGGAUCUACAAAGUGCAAACCAGCCAAAGGUGUUUCAAUUCUUUGGCUAUUCGGCGCACUGGUGCUUACGGUGGUGCCAAUAUUCUUUCCUCUACUCUUGUCUCGGAGAAUACCCGUUGUGCAAGGAGUUCCCGGUUCGAUCGAAAAUUGCAGUCCGCUUCUGAACUAUAGCAAUUGGAUGGCCCAGUCCCAGUACGAUGGAUUACUAUCCUGGGAUAUGCUCCGCUUUGCCGACACGCACGCAUAUAACUACAGCGGAUCAAAUGCUUCAGCAGUUGGUCUUUCAAACGACAAGGAUCGCGUGGCAAUAUCUUCAGAGUGUCCAGACUGGGCUCCAGCCUGCGACCGAAACAACUCUUUCCGAGUCGACGUCAACUACUGGGUGAAGCAGUCCGAGGUGGGGAUUGGCAGCAAGUCUUCCUCUCGUGAUGCCGAAUUUGGUGUGUUGACUACUUGCUACAAACCAGAGUAUCGCAGGAAGUUCCUGCGAAUAGAGGAAGACGGGACGAAUACUUAUGGAUUACUAUACGGCAGCGGCAGCGGCACUGGCGGAGAUGAGUACGUCACUGAGGAGUUUAACCUCGAAGAGAGGUUUUGCUAUGGGUACGAUUUGUUUGCCCACUUCAACCUCAGCGGGUUCUCUAAGAUCUCCAUGUGGGAACCCAACAAUACCCUGGCCCAUGACGGCGAUCUCACCAUCUUGUUCUACCACGUCCGCUUGAUACUAAGCCCGACUACGAGCGAUGAUCCUGUGUUUGCCACAAACAAUACUCAAGUCGGCGGGCGAUAUCGAUACAAGCGAGCUAUUGUACCCAUCAUGUGCAACACCAGCUACGCCUACUGCCCGGGAGGAAGAGAGAGCUGUAUAUCGCUAGGAGGCAACGACGGAGUCGGCGAAUAUAUCAACAGCUCGAGAUCUUACGAAGACGGAAACCUGGGCUUUCUCGAGCUUAUGUGGAUAAACACAUGGGUUCCCUUGUUCGCCAUCAUCCCUGGUAGCAGCGAGUCUGUCUAUGCCAGCCGCACCCUUUCUCUCGGAUCGACGCAGCUGGCUCCAAGGGAGAUAAGUGGACAUGCCGAAAUUUGUCAAACUGGCGCAACUAUGUGUCGUCAAAGCUCCCUGUAUGGGCAGUUGAGGCAACAGCGCAACAACUGGAGACCUGCCGGCUCACGUUGA